AUGUCUCGCGAGCCUCUACCCCCCUCCACAAUGGAGACAACCACGCAAUUCCAAGAGGAAACCGGCAUGCAAAAAUUCACCCGUCGUCUUAAGGAAGAGCCCCUGGUCCCACUAGGAUGCGCCGCUACAUGUUAUGCCCUUUACCGAGCCUACCGAUCCAUGAGAGCCGGCGACUCCGCCGAGAUGAACCGUAUGUUCCGCGCACGUAUCUUCGCCCAGGCAUUCACUCUGGUCGCGCUAGUGGCCGGUGGAAUGUAUUACAAGGCAGAGCGAAAGCAGCGCCGGGAAUUCGACCAGGCGGUGGAAGAGCGCAAGUCCCAAGAGAAGCGCGAUGCAUGGCUUCGUGAGCUGGAGAUCCGUGAUAAGGAAGACCGCGACUGGCGUGAGCGUCAUGCUGCUAUUGAAGCAGCGGCGAAGGAGGGUGGCAAGCCUCCUGGUGAACCGGAUGCGGCUCGUGCGUCUAUCGAGGCGGGCGAUGAGAAGAAGGUUGGAGUUUUGGAUGCCGUUAAGGUCUUGCUGUCACAAAGAAACAACUAA